AGGGAAUAUCCUAACAGCAUUCUUGCCUUUUUUUUUUAUAAGCGUAUAUACGGUAGGUAUGGAUGAAUACGUUAGCAUGCUCUAUGACGGCAUUUUUAGCUCUCUAUUAAACAAAAAGAAGAUGCGUUCGCCACAGAAAUCGAUGCACACAAAAAAAAGUAUCUACAGAGUUUGCCAUGGUAAUGGACGUUACUGGUGUCCUGAGCCCUACAACCUCAAAAGUUGUGUUUUUUUUAGAAAAAAGCGUGUAAGUUUUUCAAGUCAUGUGCAUGUUAUUCUUUAUGAUAAGGAUAGCUAAAUUCCCUUAGAUAUUCGAGUGGUUAUUAUAUUUCAAGGUGUUCGAUCUUCUGCGACUUUAGUUCUUCACUCUGGACCUCUAAAAAGCACGAUUCCCAA